CGUGCACCGGCGACCGAGCGCGGUCAAACCUAAUCGCUCCUCGGCACUCGCGCUGAUAAGCCGGCAUUCGACAAUUCAAUUUCACUCGACUGAGUCGAGUCGACUCGCUCGAGUUUUCCGGACUACAUUUACCAAUUCGUAUUCGUGCGCGCCGCGCCAUACUCGAAACUGUCGGGUAUUUUUUUCGAAUUAUACUUUUAAAUAGUGACGGAUGAGUGAGUUUUCGUUGUCUAAGCAGUGGGUGCGCGAGGAAGCCGCCAUGGAGAGCUGCUAUAAGCUAUACACUUGGAUCAAUCACACGUUGCUGAUGCUACUGAUCCAGAUCUUCUGGAAGAUGAGCCAGAUAUCGGAUUAUUUCAAAGAAAAGUCCGUAGAAGACUCGAAGAAAGAAACAAUAUUCACAGUCGCACCUCUCACAAAGGAGUCCAAAUUCAGACGGCACAUAAGGUCCAUGUCGGACGUCCAGAGCAGCACACCCUACAAACUAGCCUUCAGGUCAAGACAGGGCAGCACACACACGCUCAUGUACGACUCCGACACGAGAGCGAGACGGAUCCGGUCCUACAAUCUCCACAAACAACAGGAGUCCUCCGAUUCCAGCGACUACGUGGAACCGAGGAAACUCCGAAGCAUAGAACACAACAUACUUAAGCACACAGAUUCCAUGAGAAUCCUAUAGGAUCUGAUUUAUUUUACGUUGAGGCUGUACCGUCUAGUUACACUAGAUCGGGAUCAUGCCGGACUCACUGUGUUCUAUAGGACCGGAUAGUUUUGCUGCACAAAACGAGGGAGGGCCGGCGUGAUUCUAUGGAAUAGACUUUUGUGAUUCCUUUUAUGAGACUGUGAUGAGGUAGAAUAUUUAGUUUUUAGUUAAGUCAGUAAGGAUAAGUAUUCUAAUAGAAUACCAAUAAUGUGAUUUAGAGAGUACGAUAGUGAUACCAUUUUUUAAUGAUGAUUAUGUUUAAGGAUGGUGUUAAAAAAUGACUAAUGUUGAUUUGAACAGUUCCACACAAAAGAGAACGUACUUCUUAAUCCCCUUCAAAAUUUUAAGAUAAUUUAGAAAUUUAUUAAGUAUAUUUCCUAAAGGUUUUAACUUCGUGAUUACAGUUCCAAUUUAAACCACAUUUAAAAAGUUCGAACGGAGCUUUAGAUUUUUGUGCCAUGAUGUAGAUUUUUUAAUAAUUUUCAAAAUGUUAGGUAUGUAUAAUUAAUUAUUCUGUUCUUUUUUGAUAAACUUUGUCUUAGAUACAGUUUACUUUUUAAUGCUGCCUUAAUAUUUUUACAUGCCAAAAAUAUGGUAUCCACAAUUGGGUAGGUACACUCAGCUGCAAAACAUGUAUUGCAAUUGAAAUAAUAUAUUCAGGCUUAAAAAUAAAAAAAAAUGGAAGCGUAACUAUUUGUAGCUUACUGUACCUACUAAUUUAUUGCAAUAGAAUUAUUUAAUUAGUGUUAACAGAACUGAUUUUCAUUAGUUCAUCAAUAACAAGACGAAUGUAAUAAAAGGAUGCCUAUUAUUUUCUUAAGAUCUCUAAAUAUGUCUAGAUCAUUUUAAUCUACCUAUGUAAUUCAAAAGUUCUAAUCAUUUUUCUGUUUAAUUAUGUAGCUGUCUACUUAUAACAAAAAUAUUAUUUAUAUAGUGAUAGGUAGGUAUUUAUCUAGGUAUAUAAAUAUAAAGAUAGGAAAAAUUAUGACCGCGUGCCUUGUAGGAGACGAGUAAUAAAUAAUAAGUAAUAAACACUACCUACCUAUCUGUAAUAUUGUAAUAAGAGGUAACAUUAUGCCGGAAUUGCACUUGUAAAGUUAAAAGUUUUAUUUGCGUUUUGCUACGAAAUAUUUGUAAAAACAAGAUAAUUAUAAUGUUUUGUCUUUCGUGAAUUAUGUAUAUCUGCGUCCCUACGUAAGUGAUGCUUGUAAGUCUAAAGCAAGCUGAUGUUGGAUUUGUAUACUAUCUGAGCUUCUGCUUUUGGCCUAGGUCAUUUUAAUAAGGGUUACAUAAGCAUUCUUUGAAGUUUAUUUAAACUAAAAAUAAACAAACAUAUCAAAAAGGCAUAUCAGGUGGAGGCAGAUAUAAGAGAGAUUUGUGUAAGAAAAAUGAGCGUAAUGUUUCCUCUUAAGUUUGAUCUGAAAAGACCUAAGAUUGUAUUAAACCCAUGAAUUAGGUAGCAGCUACAGUUUCAGUUUUAAUUAGUUUUUUAAACGAUUAAAUUGAUAAAACGAUA